AUGGCUAUCCAAGUAUUCCAAGGAUAUCAGAAAGCAUUCUUCUCCAUUGUGCUUUUGCUAGAUUGUCUGUCCUGCAAAGUGCUCGGUGAAACCGGAGACUGUAGACAGCAGGAAUUCAAGGACCGGUCUGGAAACUGUGUCCUCUGCAGACAGUGUGGGCCAGGCAUGGAGCUGUCUAAGGAGUGUGGCUUCGGCUAUGGGGAGGACGCGCAGUGUGUGCCGUGCCGGCCGCACAGGUUCAAGGAGGGCUGGGGUUUCCAGAAAUGCAGGCCGUGUCUGGACUGUGCCCUGGUGAACCGAUUCCAGAAAGCCAACUGUUCCUUCACCAGCGACGCCAUCUGCGGAGACUGCUUGCCAGGAUUUUAUAGGAAGACGAAACUUGUUGGUUUUCAAGAUAUGGAGUGUGUGCCUUGCGGUGACCCCCCUCCUCCAUACGAACCGCACUGUACCAGCAAGGUCAACCUUGUGAAAAUCGCAUCCACAGCCUCCAGCCCUCGAGACACAGCCCUGGCCGCCGUGAUCUGUAGUGCGCUGGCCACAGUGCUCCUGGCCCUCCUCAUCCUUUGUGUCAUCUACUGCAAGAGACAGUUCAUGGAGAAGAAGCCCAGCUGGUCUCUGCGAUCACAAGAUAUUCAGUAUAAUGGUUCUGAGCUGUCGUGUUUUGACAGACCUCAACUCAGUAACUACGGGCACAGAGCUUGCUGCAAGUGCCACCAGAACUCAGCCCAGACCUACGGGCCUGUUCACCUGAUCCCCUCCCUGUGCUGUGAGGAAGCCUGUGGUAGUCCCCGCUCAGCUCUUGGUUGUGGGGUGCAUUCGAAGGCCGCCCCUCAUGAGAGAAGCACAGCCCCGCUUGGGGAGGCAAUGCCGGCUCUCUUUGGGACCCUUUCCCGGUCCACGUGUGGUGAAUAUUCCGACGCUUGGCCCCUGAUGCAGAAUUCCAUGGGUGGCGAUGACAUCUCCUUGUGUGACUCCUACCCUGACAUGACUGGGGAAUGUCGUCCCCUUGAUCCAGACAACGAAAACUCAGUAUCUUUGGAUUCAAACAGUCAAGAAGUAGUUGGGGGAGCUGUUCUCCUUCCAGCUCAUUCUGGAAGCUUUUCAGGACCUACUGACUUCUCCAGAUAUAAGGAUACAAGCAUGGACUCCACGCUGGCUCAGGAUGCACUGACUGCUCAAAGCCAGCUAAGUCAGGAGGUUGGUGACGCCAUGCAGUUAGCCACCCUGCCCUCCUGUCAGGCCAUUCCUUCUGCUGUUUGGUCCUGUUCUCAAGAUCUGAAUCCCCAGGAAAUCCAAGGACUGGGGGACUGGCCUCUGCCUGCUGCCUCUGCAGCCUCUGGGCCCCUGGCUCCACUGGAGUACCUGUGCUCCAGGCUUGCAGCCACACUGAUUGGAGGAGGGACCAGAAGCAAGCAGCAGCAGCAGCAGCUCUCCAACUGUGUGGAUAGACAGGGUGGCAUCUUACUGCAGAAGGAGAAUGUUGUUCUAAUGCCACUGAAAUCUGUCAUCACAUCUCGAAAGAUAAAGGCAGGGUCUGCAGUGUCUUUGCAAAUGGAAGAUUCUAGAAGAAUGACACCAAUGUGA